AUGCAGUCUGCAGAGGCUGUACAAAUCGACCUGGGGAAAUCCCAGGUCGUGGAUCGCGUGCCUAAGGUCAUCAAGGAGAUAAAAUUCGGCGUCCUCUCGACCCAAGAUAUCGUGAGUCAAGCCGUCGUUGAGGUUUCUGAUAGGAAGCUCUUCGAUCUCGACAAUGACCGCGCUGUCGCCCCCCAUGGCCCGCUCGACGGGCGCAUGGGAAUAUCGAGUAAAUCGGGUACUUGCGACACCUGCGGCGGAGCACUACAGGUCUGUAGCGGACAUUUCGGGCAUGUAAAGCUGGUUCUUCCGGCUUUCCAUGUGGGUUAUUUUAAACGGGUUAUUAGCAUUUUGCAGGAGAUUUGCAAGGAAUGCUCACACAUACUCCUUCCCGAAACCGAGCGCAGGGCGUUUCUUAGAGAAUUAAGACGGCCUGGUAUAGAUAACCUCAGGCGCAUGCAGAUUGCGAAGAAGAUCAACGAGCGAUGUCGAAAAACGCGGACCUGCUACAAAUGCAACGCAGUCAAUGGUGUGGUGAAGAAAGCCGGAACAAGCGCACUGAAAAUCACUCAUGAGAAAUUCCGAGCCUUCAACGCGUCCACGUCUGUGAAGAAAAUUCCCCCGCCCAGCAAAGUUGUCUUCGACAAGUCAUUCGAAGAAGCCAAGAAAAGCAAUCCGGAUAUCGACAAACAUUUCAAAAAGGCCCACGACGAUCUACAUCCACUGCGCGUGCUGAGACUGUUUCGGUCCGUUUCUAACGAAGACUGCGAGCUCCUUAGCCUGAAUCCCGAGGAGGCUCGGCCAGAAGUGUUUCUCUGGCAAUACGUUCCGGCUCCGCCUGUGUGCAUUCGUCCAUCGGUUGGACAGGAGGCGGCUAGUACCGAAGAUGACUUGACAGCAAAACUGGGAGAUAUCAUCCAAAGCAAUAUCAAUCUCAAAAAUGCACUCAUCAAGGGUGCACCGGUACAGACCAUUAUCGAAUGCUGGGACUAUAUGCAGCUGCAGCUCGCAGUGUAUAUCAACAGUGAUGUGCCGGGUUUACAGAAGGCUGAUUUUGGAAAGCCUAUUCGGGGCUUCUGCCAACGACUCAAAGGGAAACAGGGGCGAUUCCGUGGAAAUCUUUCAGGGAAACGAGUGGAUUUCUCUGGUAGAACCGUUAUUUCUCCAGACCCGAAUCUGCGUGUCAACGAGGUUGCUGUUCCUCAGCUUGUUGCCAUGAACAUGACUUAUCCCGAACAGGUGACAAGAUAUAAUAAAGAAAAACUCCGUCAACGCAUUCGAAAUGGCACAAAGACUUGGCCGGGAGCAAAUUACGUCUUAAAGAAAAGUCAGAAUUUUAAAAUGAACUUGAAAUUUGGUAACCCCAACCUGGUUGCGAACGAGUUGGAGGAAGGGGAUAUUGUUGAGCGGCAUAUUGAAGAUGGAGACAUCGUUCUCUUCAACCGACAACCGUCCCUCCACAAACUCAGUAUUCUUUCCCAUUUUGCCAAGGUUAGGCCUCACCGAACAUUCCGUCUGAAUGAGUGUGUAUGUAACCCAUACAAUGCCGAUUUUGAUGGCGAUGAAAUGAAUCUACAUGUCCCUCAAACGGAAGAAGCGAGGGCCGAAGCGAUGGAAUUGAUGGGAGUUAAACAUAAUCUGGCUACACCAAAAAACGGCGAACCCAUCAUUUCCGCUAUUCAGGAUUUCAUCACUGCUGCUUACUUGCUGAGUAGUAAAGAUGUUUUCUAUGAUCGCAAAACUUUCACACACAUCUGCCUCUACAUGCUUGAAUCCGAUACCCGUUUUGACCUUCCGCCGCCCUCAGUACUAAAACCCCAAAUAUUGUGGACAGGGAAACAAGUCUUCAACGUGUUGAUGCGACCCAAUAAGCAAUCUCCGGUUUUAAUUAAUUUAGACGCAGCAUGUCGAGAAUUCAAAGCGCCGAAAGGAACUCCUCGUGACUUGGAUGCUAAUGAUGGAUGGCUUUGCAUUCGUAACUCCGAAAUCAUGUGUGGUGUCAUGGAUAAGUCUACCAUCGGAUCCGGCAAGAAAGACUCGGUAUUUUAUGUUAUGCUUCGAGAUUUCGGCCCUGAUGUCGCAUCUGAAGGCAUGAACCGGCUCUCAAGGCUGUCCGCUAGAUGGCUCACCAACCUAGGUUUCUCGAUCGGUAUAACAGACGUAUACCCUGGUGAAAAACUUUUAGAGGAGAAACACCAUAUAGUAGAACAUGCUUACGCGCAGUGUGAUGAAGUUAUUCAACUAUUUAAAAACGGGAAGCUUGAGAAGGCUCCAGGCUGCGACGAGCAGAUGACAAUGGAAAAUGCGAUAUCCGGUUUACUCAGUAAAGUUCGGCAGCAAGCCGGAGAGAUCUGUAUCGCGGAACUGAGUAGAUGGAACUCUCCCCUGAUCAUGGCCACUUCAGGGUCCAAGGGUUCGGAUAUUAACGUCGCUCAGAUGGUUGCCCUUGUCGGUCAACAAAUUAUAGGGAAUCAACGGGUUCAGGACGGCUUUCAAGAUCGAACGUUACCUCAUUUCCCCAAGUAUGCUCGCCAACCUCCCGCGAAAGGUUUCGUGCGGAACAGUUUCUUUUCGGGGUUGACACCAACGGAAUUUCUUUUCCACGCCAUUUCCGGAAGAGAAGGUCUCGUCGAUACAGCAGUUAAGACUGCGGAAACUGGUUACAUGUCCCGUAGGUUGAUGAAAUCUCUUGAAGACCUAUCAACGCGGUACGAUGAUACCGUAAGGAAUUCGUCUUCAAAUAUUGUGCAGUUCCAGUAUGGUGACGAUAAAUUGGACCCUGUCGAUAUGGAGGGCCGAGCUAAACCAGUCCACUUUGAUCGCACGUUUACCCAUGCUGAGGUGACAACCUUUGAUAACUCCGACAAAGGCCUUCUUCCGGAUGAGAUAAUAACUUUGUGUCAAAACUUACUCGCUCCUGAGCGGGCCAAGCUUGCAAGAUUUGACCUGUCAGGCAAGAAGUUAGAGUAUAAUGACAGAAGUGAUCACGGCAUAGAUCAGCUGGAAAGCGCCAGAGAUUUUCUCCAGUCCAUUGAGGAUUAUCGGGGAAAGGGCGUAAUUCAUACCGCAAAAGUGUCAACCAGAGCUCUCACUUCAUUCAUCACCGCCUGCUUAACCAAGUAUAAGAGAGCUCAAGUUGAACCAGGUCAUGCAGUGGGUGCAGUCGGUGCACAGUCCAUUGGAGAACCGGGGACGCAGAUGACAUUGAAAACUUUCCAUUUCGCUGGCGUUGCUGGUAUGAGUAUAACUCAAGGUGUACCGCGUAUCAAAGAGAUUAUCAAUGCUUCCAAGGAAAUCAGUACACCAGUUAUCACCUGUGAGCUUGUCAAUAAGCAAGACCUUCGCGCAGCGCAGAUUGUAAAGGGCCGAGUGGAAAAGACCUUUGUCCGAGAUAUCAUUUAUUAUAUCGAGGAAGAUUGGACCGGAAAUGAAGCGUACAUCAAUAUUAAAAUCGACUUUUCCACCAUUCAAAACCUACAACUCGAACUAACCCUCCAAGAUAUCCUUAUGGCCAUUAAAAAACACAAGCGAUUCAAAUCUGCAGAUCUAAAAUUUCGUUCCUUCGGCUCACACAUUCACAUUUUCGUCGAUCAACAAACUGCCCGAACCGCUCUCUCCAAAGCUGAAGAAGCUGCUACCGGUGCUGACCCGUAUAUCCGCCUUAAACAUCUCAAACGGCUCAUUCCCAACAUUCAGGUUAUCGGCCAUUCCCAAUGUGCGCGAGCCAUCAUACGCACAGACGAAACAAACACAACCAACACCCUGCUUGUGGAAGGUUACGGUCUGCGUGACUGCAUGACCACCGACGGUAUCAACGGUCGCCACACACGCACAAACAACAUCAUGGAAACACGUGCCGUGCUCGGCAUCGAAGCCGCGAGAACGACCAUCGUCGACGAGAUUGGCGAGGUUAUGAAAGACAUGGCCAUUGACCCAAGACACAUGCAGUUGCUUGCGGACGUCAUGACAUACAAGGGUGAGGUUUUGGGGAUAACCCGGUUUGGCCUCGCCAAGAUGCGCGAUUCCGUGCUACAACUCGCUAGUUUUGAGAAGACAGCGGACCAUCUGUUCGAUGCGGGCGGGGCCGGGAGGACUGAUCUUAUCGAGGGAGUGUCGGAGUGUAUUAUUGUGGGGAAGAGUGUGUCCCUGGGCACAGGGGCGAUGGAAGUAGUACGCGCCCUCAACUUUUAUGAGGGCCAGAUUGGACGGAGGAAGACGGCUUUUGAAGACGCGUGGGAGGAGAUUUGUGAGGCUCGGGGCUGUAGUACCGGGGUAGAAGGCAAAGGGGUAGUCCCGAGGGUCAUGAAGAAACGAAGGAAGGAAGCCGUAUGA